CACUCAGCAUCAGUGUGACUCUCCCUCUGCUCCGGGAGAGGCGAAGUCAGCGCCGAGGAAGAGUCUCCGUAAAGGGCGUUAAAAACAAGACACUCCGUGCAAGUGACGGGACAUUCUCGGACACACGCUUGUUUUCUUCCCUCCGUCAGCCAUGAAGUUGUCAAACAGUCGUCCCUCCAGAGUGGACAGGAACCCUUUCGUCCACAGGCUGCGACUCACCAUGACAGAGACGAUAAAGCUCGGACUGAUGUCAGUGACAGUAUUCCCUGUGCGGCUGCUGCUCGUGUCCUUCUUCAUGCUGCUGGCGUGGCCCUUCGCCUUCGCAGCCUCCCUGGGCCGCUCCGAGUUUGUCAUUGAACCGCAGUCCUGGUGGCGGAGGCUCACAGACCUGUGUUUGCGAGUGAUCAUGCGAGCCAUGUGGUUUUGCGGAGGAUUCCACUGGAUCAAGGUGAAAGGCGAGCGCGCGGCGCCCUCCGAGGUUCCCAUCCUCACGGUGGCGCCGCACUCCUCCUACUUUGACGCCAUCCCAGUUACUAUGACGAUGUGCUCCAUCGUCACCAAACUGGAGAGUCGGAGCAUUCCCGUCUGGGGCACUCUGAUCAGCUACAUCCGGCCAGUGUUUGUGUUCCGGGUGGACCAGGACUCCAGGAGGAAAACUGUGGAGGAAAUCAAGCGGCGAGCACAGUCUGGAGGGGAGUGGCCUCAGAUCAUGAUCUUUCCAGAGGGGACGUGCACCAACAGGUCAGGUGUCAUCUUAUACAAGGCUGGUGCUUUUAUCCCAGGACUCCCCGUGCAGCCGGUGGUGCUACGCUACCCAAAUCAGCUGGAUACUGUUACAUGGACGUGGCAAGGUCCUGGAGCGUUGAAGAUCCUGUGGCUCACUCUGUGCCAACCUCAUAAUCCCAUGGAGAUUGAGUAUUUGCCUGUUUACACUCCGUCAAAGGAGGAGAAGGAGAACCCAGCCCUGUUUGCCAACAAUGUCAGAAGACUCAUGGCCAAGGCCUUGGAGCUGCCGCUCACGGAGCUGUCCUUCGACGACCGUGAGAUCAUCCUCUCCAAAGGCCCGCUGUGCAUUCAGGACUACAGCGGCUUACUGGAGCUCAACCAGCUGCUGUGCCGCCUGGGGCUGAGAGCAGGAACCAGUGGCACGGUGCUGGACGAGCAGGCCCACAGAGCCAGGAAGCUGCAGGGCGGCAGACUGACUGUAGAAGAGUUCGGCCAGUUCCUCGGUCUGCCCGUCACAGAGACGCUGGCACAGGUCCACAGCCUCUUUGACCAGUCUGGGGACGGACAGAUAGACGUGCGGCACUUUGUCGUCGCGCUGUCUACAGUCCACCGACCGUCAGAGUCCAUGGAGACCCUCAGACUGGCCUUCAGGAUGUACGAGAGCGAGGAGGAGGACGGGGAGGUCCUGGAGGACGACCUCGCCGCCGUCUUGGAGAUCAUGCUGGGCGUGAAAGAGGCGGAGCUUUCGGGUCUGUUCUUGACCCUCGGGCGGCCGGACACGGGGAGGAUCACGUACGAUGAGCUCGUUCGUUAUAUCGAGGAGUAUCCUAACUUCAUCAGGGACUGUCUCGAUUAUAAAGACCAUCCUAGGAAAUUCUGCUGUGUCCGCCGUCAGCACUGCAAUGGCCACAACCACGACAAGGAUGACUAAUGAGCGACGGAGAUCCUCGGUGUGAUCUGAUCCCCUGAAUUGCUGCUGCGGCGUGCCUACAGUACCACCGCUGUGCCUUUGUGCUCUCGUAGGAAGAAUAAAACCUAAAAGAACAACAGACAGCGCUGUACAGCACACACGAUGGUGACGUUUAAUAUAUCGGCUUCUUUCCUUCUCUUUUCUUUUGUCUGUGAAUAAUAUAUUUAUUUAUGUCUGAAGGACAUGAGGCGAUGAAAGAAAACGAGUACUCUGGGCUGUUGUUUAUCUCAGGUCAAUGGAAACACUGUCACAAACAAACGGGCACAUUUUCUCUUUCCUGCUGCUCAUGGAAACAUCAUUUCAGGUAAAAAAAAAAAAAAAGGACACGUGCUGCCAUCUUGUGAUGAGGCUGUGACGACAUAAAGAAUUGGCCCCUGAAGACAGAGGAGUGACUCCUCCCUCCUUUAAGCAGCCUCCAGCUCUGGUCUAGACAAAGUCUUGGGGAGACCGAUGAGAAUCACAGCCCCGUAUUUAUCAAGUGUCUCCGAAUCCCUUCUAGGAAUCGGCGUGGAAGUCAAAGCACUCCUGUGUCACAGUUAUUUAUGGAGCUUCGCCACACUGACCUCCAACACGACGAGAGGAGACGAACGAAGAGCUCGUAAAUCAUCCUUCAUUCGCCACGACUGCAAACUGUUAGACAAUAGAAGUAUUAUAAGGGCUUAUGGGUAAAUAAUAAAGAGGAUAACGCUGUGUAUAAAUACAUAGAUAUCAUGAAUAA